GAUUAACUAAAUUAGUCAAGCGCAUAUUAUUGUAUAGCAUUGCUUAUGCGGUACCUCUUGCUCUUAAUUUUAUACAAAUCAUCAUAUAUCAUAUAUAUAGAUUGAUAGAUAGAUAGACGCAGAUAUCGUUGUACUUAAGUGAGCCAUAUAUGGAAGCUAAUAAUAAUUACUCCGCUAAUUCAUCAUCCUCAUCCAUGUACUCCCAACAGCAGGCCCGUGCCAUGCUUCAUUCUGUACGUAAGCCCCAAUCGAAGCCAUGGAAGAAGCCCAUAGCUCCACUGCCCCCAACACCGCCCAGACUGUACAAGGUGGACCCUAUCAACUUCAGGGACCUCGUCCAGAAGCUCACCAGCGCCCCCGAGUUUCAGACUCACCGUCUCCGCAAAAUGGCGCCGCCUCCACUUGAUGUCGUCGUCCUAGCUGAUCAUCAUCAUCGUCAUCGUCAUGAGCAGCUCCCCAGGCCUCCAGCUGACGAUCACUCGUCCGCUAAUGCUAAUAUUUCGCUGGAGUUUAACUUGUUGCCCUCUCCACUUGGUUGGUGUUCCUUUCCUUUGCUAAGUCCUGGAACCCUUUCCCCUUUGGACCAAACCAGAAUCAGUGCAGUGCUUUAAUUAUUAACACAUUUCGACUAAUUAGGAGUUCCCAUACAUUUGAGUUAUUUCAGCAAAUUUAACUAUUUCUACGCACAAAUUGCAUUUAUCUUUUUAAUUUGUAUUGUUAUUUAUUUUAUCUUGUUAGAUAAUAAUAACAGUAACAAAGUUCCACAA